UCGAAUUGUCAAUCUUUCGCCCGACCAUGUCGUUACGACUCUGACUUUCACGUCAUCCUGCCUUUCUGCCAACGGCCACACAGCUUCGGCCAGCGUUAUAUGUGCCCAGCCACUCUUGAAAACAAAGGAGAACUGUCAACACUCGCCUGCAGCUGGCUGCUGUCCCGCUCUACUGGGAUUUCCACGAUAUACCUCUUAGGUUCAAGAUACCCAUUCUCUAAUCAGCUUUUCGUCAAGACAUUUGCCAAUAAUGAACGGUGUACGACGGUUCUUAGGUGGCGGUAGCAGUAGCACACCGUCUACGCCAGAGCCAGCGUCGCCACCAGCCCACCCCGGUACUGCCCCGUUGCUCUUCUCCGGCAAGCCAAACUGGCCUCCCGCGUCACCCACGGAGUCGAACUACUCUCCUUCGCCUCCGACAACUGCUGCGCUCUCCUUCGCCAAGAAGAAACCGACGGUGCCACCCGAAGAUGAUGUCGGGAACUCGUCGUUCAGCAGCUCGCGGUCCUCUGGCAGUGCCGUGUCUCCUGUCAGGCAGACUUCGUACUUUAACCUUCCACAGUCUCCUGGUGCUGGUCCCUCAUCACCACCGAAACAUAACCGCGUCUCGCAGCUCGCAAGGAAAGCUGUCGCCGGAGGUAACGAGUCGAAACGGUCGUCGCAGAUGCUGAACAUCCGAGAUGACCUUCUCAUCGACUUGCUCGCGAGUGAGGCCAUCGUCGACAGUCGCGGCUAUGAGAUACUCAGUGCCGAAGAGGUCGAGGAGUUGAAGAAGGAGCAACAAGUUCUCUCAUCGCGUCUCGUAGCGAUGAACAAGAAGCUCACGCUUGAGACUAAGAUUCGCGGUGCGGCCGCCUCCUUGUCGAAAGCGAACGCCGCAUACAAAAGUGUCAACAAACAGACGUCGGAACAGCUAGAUGCAGCGAAUCGCAAAGUUGAAGCUGCGCAGAAGGAGCUAUGGCGCGUGUCCGAGCGGGCGAACGAGAUCCAGCGCAAGCUGCUCGAGCAUAGGGCCGGUGUCCUCAGCCACUCUGUCCACAAUCUCGAGCGGAAGACGGCGCCACAGGACGCGUCCGACAUCUCCGGACAUAGCACUCCUAGUCGCAGCUCACAGCUCAGCCCAGUUACUGCAUCUUCAGCGACGAGCGUACAAACCGUAUCUUCGAAGGGCCGCUUCGAUGGUGCACAUUUCUUUGCAGGCCACUCAGACGCGAUCUUACCACAUAGUCCAAGCGCGCUGCCAAAUGGUGGGCCCUCGGCUGAGCUAGAGGAGAAGCUGAGGGAAGCGACUGCGGCACUCGAGGCUGCGGCCGCAGUACAGAUGGAGAUGGAGCAGGAGCUGUCUAUGGUACGGCUUGAGAAGGAGGAAAUGGAGACGUCCUUAGGCGUGGAGCUUCGCACCGCUCAGGACUCGGUACGGGAUCUGGAAGAACAGCUGGCGAGCGUAGCAAACGUUCAGAUGCAGCUUCAAGCCAUGGAGGAAGAACGCAGCGUAUGGAUGAAUGAACGCAUAGAGCUAGAAGAACGAAGGCAAGAGGUCAGAGAGCUGAAGCGGAAGGUGGAUGAAUUGCAAGCAAGCCAUGGUGAAGCGGCCGCGGCUUCGGAAGGAGCACUCGCGGCGGCCGCGGGCGUACACCUGGUGGAGAUGCAGAAGAAGGAAGAAGAGCUACAGAUGAUGAGGAGCCAAUGGGAAGAGGAGAGGGCGACUUGGAGUCUAGAGAAAGCGAAUAUGAUGGGCGACCUAAAUGAGCAUGUCGCCAAGCUGCAGAACGAUGCCGUCGUCGGUUCUGGCAGCAAAGCGCAGCUUAAUGAGGUGUCAAGAACCCUCGGCAGUCUGGCACAAGCACAUGGCCUGGAUGUUGCUGCUAGUGCUGCCCCUGUGGUUUUGGCGACGGCCUUGGGCAAGCACGUCGGCGAUCUUCGCUCCCAGAUCGAUGAACACGCUCUUGAGCAGGAACAGUGGCACUCAGAGAGCAGUCAUUUGGAGGUCGAUAACCGUGAUCUCUCCGACAGAUGCCAAGCGUUGGCUCAACAGCUAGAGGACGCCCAGCGAGAGCGAGACAAGACCAAGGAGGAACUCCGGAGCAUGGAGAUUCAACUCCAGGCUCAAACAGCCGCUGCAAUAGCGGCCGUCAAUACUUCGAGCCAGCCUCCUGUUCAGUACGAUGGCGACGUUGGGAAGAUCAUCGCACAGCUGCAACCAGUAUGGGCGACUCUUCCUUCCACCGAGGCCCGCGCGAGCAAACUCGGAACGCGCAGCUUUCGCACAGGAUCGUCAUCCCCUAUGGGCAGCCCCGUAUCAUCCCGUGGCGGCGUUCCUGCUUCACUGUCUGAAAUGGAUGUUCGCUCGCUCAAAUCGCUGUACGACCCGAAGGGUUUCGCUCUAGCCAUGAACUCUGCACCAUUCACGAUCGAAGCGUUUGUAGAGCGGAUUCAGGCUCUCAUAGCGGACGAUCGUGCGCUGGUAGAGCGGCUUAUCCGGUUCGCGCAAGCUCAUGAUCUUCUCAAGAAGAACGCAGAGCGUGCACAGAAGCUAGCGCAAGACAGCAAUGUAGCAUUAGAGACCUACCAGAAGCAGGUCCGCACGCUGGAGGAGCGCAACAUCUCACUGAUGACGCAACACGCUGAACUGUGUGUAAUAAUUUACUCAUUACACGACGAGGUGCAAUGGCUGCAAGAGCAAAUAGAGCGUCUACAAAGCGAGAAGCUCGAGAUCGAGACGAGGGCCGCGGAGCAGGCAGAGACCUGCGCGCAGCUAACCGAGGCGAAUAAUCAGCUCAGCGCGAAAGCACUCCUCAUGGCCAACGAAGCGGCCUCAACUACAGACAGUGUUCGACGCCAGCUUGAAAUGCAGCUUAACGAGACCCGCGCUGCGCUUGUAAAGGCAAAGGAGGAACUCGAGUCCAUUCAGCAAUCUCAGCAGACUCAGCAAAUGGCGCUUUUGGAAGCGUUGAACACCGCUCAGACAGAAAAUGACAUGUUACGCAACCAACUCCGGGCCAAAAAGUAGACGGCCUAAUCACGGCAUAACCGUGGAACGAACCCGCUCAUUUCUUCGAUCUUCACGUCUAUACUAAUACGCAGUCGGCUUCCUUUAGGGUCUUUUGCAUGGUUAGUCUCGGAUGUAUCUCUAGGGUUUAACAUGCUUUGACUACGUCAUCAUCGACACAUCAUCCUGUAUACCUCAACUAUUUGCACAUAUAACUUAACUUUUCUUUGCAAAUCAGAGCUAUUUGUUGGCGGAGC